AGAGAGCGUUGGCUGCUGAAUACAACACACCUCAUGCCGCUAUUCUGCAUUGAGAGUCUGUGCCUCAGCAGGUCGCUAUAAAUCCUUGAAUUCUCUGAGCUCCUGAAGGGAAAGUGGAGUUACACACGGCGGAAUGAGACCCCAGUGAGCUCAGCAUGUCUUUCAAGAAGGAAACUCCCCUAGCCAAUGCUGCAUUUUGGGCUGCCAGAAAGGGGAACCUGGCCCUCCUUCAGCUAUUGCUGAACAGUGGUCGUGUGGUCAUUGACUGCAAAGACAGCUAUGGCACCUCGGCUCUGAUGGUGGCCUCCUACAGCGGCCAUUAUGACUGUGUGAGGGAACUCAUAAUGCAAGGGGCAGACAUCAACCUGCAGAGGGAGACAGGUUCUACAGCCUUGUUCUUCGCAGCACAGCAGGGACAUGAUGACAUCGUCAAGCUCCUGUUUGAGUUCGGUGCUUCCACAGAAUUCCAGGCCAAGGACGGUGGCACGGCUCUGUGUGCCGCCUGCCAGAGUGGUCACUCCAAAGUAGUGGAGAUGCUGCUCAAGAAUGGAGCCAACAUCCAUGACCAGCUCAGUGAUGGUGCCACUCCACUGUUCUUAGCCUCUCAGGAAGGUCAUGUGACCAUCGUCCGUCAGCUGUUGUCAUCUGGCGCCAAAGUAAACCAGCCUCGUGAGGAUGGCACCACACCCCUGUGGAUAGCAGCACAGAUGGGACACAGCGAAGUUGUGAAAGUUCUGCUACUGCGUGGUGCUGACCGAGAUGCGGACAGAAACGAUGGUUCCACUGCACUUUUUAAAGCUGCACACAAUGGACACUGCAAUGUCAUAGAAGAGCUCCUAAAGUUCAGCCCAUCUCUUGGCCUUUUGAAGAAUGGUUCCACGGCCCUUCAUGCUGCAGUCAUGGGUGGAGAUCCGAAAACUGUGAUUCUUCUGCUGAAAGCAAAUGCCGAUCCUACUUUACGUAAUAAGAAUAAUGACCUACCAGGGGAUCUCACAAAGAACGAGCGCAUCCUGAGGAUUCUGCGGCCGCAGAUCUUAAAUGGAGGAAGUUGAUGACUGUUCCUCUUAGAGUUUUAUAGCUUUUGGUUUUUGUGGCUGAUGAAUAUGCACUACACCAAGCCAAAAACUGCAACCACAAUUUUUUUUUUAAUGGUGACUGAUUGUAUUUGCAGCUGUAAAACUUCUACAAGAAAUUCGUAAUUGUUCAUAAAACAAGAUUAUUCUUUGUCCUGGGGGAAAAUGUUACAAGCUGUAAAUCAGUUUAAUUUAGCUUCUUAUCAAUUAGGUCACAAGACAACUGUAGCAGGAAUAAAG